AUGUCGCUUAACGAAGAACAAAAUCUAGCAGUUCAAAGGGCGCUGGAAGGCCACAACAUUUUAAUUCAUGGCCCUGCAGGAACGGGAAAGUCGUAUGUUAUCAAGCAAAUCAUUGACACUAUCAAAAAUACACCUAAAAAACUGUCUGUCACAGCAACAACAGGCAUCGCGUGCAUUGCUUAUCCGGAUGCCAUGACCAUCCACAAGUGGUCCGGAUAUGGCGACGGACGAAAUAAUAAAAAGGAAAUUGCAGAAUUAGUACAACACAAUAGACAUUACAUGGAAUGCAAACAAAGAAUUAUUGAAACUGAUAUCUUAAUCAUUGAUGAAUGCUCCAUGAUGAGUAGAAAACUAUUUGAAUGUCUGGACUCUAUUUGUAGGAUAAAAAACUCAAACUUGCCAUUUGGUGGCAUUCAACUCAUUUUAGCCGGUGAUUUUCGCCAACUACCCCCAGUUUCUAACCCUAUUUUCAGUGACAAUGGUGAAUUUUGUUUUUUAAGUCCAUUAUUUGAAGUAAUAACACACAGGUUGGAGCUUAGGCAAGUUGUCAGACAAAGUGAACUCCAGCUGAUAGACGCUAUUGCACAAUGUUCUAUGGGUAAUCCAACCAGUGAUUGUGUUGAAUUUAUUCAAAGCCUUGCCCGACAGUUACAGAGCCCAGAUGCUGCAACUAAACUUUUUUCAACAAAUGAACAAGUUGACGAAUACAACCGUACUAAAAUUAUGGAAUUUCCAGGACAGCUGUAUGAAUUCCUGUCUGCAGACACUGGUGAACGGAAUUUUCUAUCACAAAUGAUUAUACCAAAACAUCUUUGGUUAAAAAUUGGAGCCCCUGUUAUUCUGAUGAGGAACCUCAGCGAUAAGCUGGUGAAUGGACUGAAAGGCGUGGUGUCUGCAAUUACGGAAGAGGGUCCAAUUGUUAAAUUUGGAGAGAAAUCAGUUCCUGUUCCAAGAAUGAAAUGUUCUGUUUUCAGUCCUUCAAAGAACCAUGAUGUUGCUGUUCGAGAGCAGUAUCCAUUGAAGCUUGCUUUUGCCAUUAGUAUCCACAAGUCGCAAGGCAUGACCCUUGAAAGUGUGGAAAUCAAUUGUAAAGGCAUAUUUAAGCCGGGCCAACUUGGAGUAGCACUGGGAAGGGCGCGUACCACAGAUGGAGUGAGAGUGGUGAACUUCACGCCCAGUGUUUGUUUGAAGCAACCCUCUGUAGUUCAAGACUUCAUUCAACGUGACAAUUCUACAAGGCCAUUUCUGACAGAUCACAGCUGUUGCAGAAUAACUUCUAGAACAAGGAAAGAUAAUGCUGAGCUUUCAAACGUUACAGUUGAGAACCUGCUUACAUCAGAGGCUGAUAUUGACAUUGGUGAAAAUGAAAGUACCUCUGAAGAAUUCGAUGAAGAAUUUGACAACAUCAUCAAAACGUCCAGGGCUCUUGGUCUGAUUAUUUCAAAGAGCAAAGCAGUUGGUGGUUUCCAGUACUCAACUUUCACAAAGCUGUAUGAUAGUAUGGAUGAUACCUCGAUCGAGCGCUCUUUCAAGCACGGCUUUAAGGUUGCUGUAAUGCUCCUGUCUAGUUCGACCAUAGACAAGGAUAUCAUCAACAAUUGUGACCACGCCAUUAAGGCCUUAAAACAUUGA